AUGGCAUUUUCAACACAAAAAGAUUUCUUCCAUGUUCCAUUUAUGAAUGAAACAGCCGAAUUGGAAUGUAAAAAGGCUUGUGUCAAACUAAAAAGUUAUGAAUCAUCAUUGGAUUAUCGUUCGUGGGCAAGGGAUAAAACGAAGCAGUCCAAAUUCCUGGAAGAUUUGGUUACGUGUCAAUUGCCGGUAAGUAUUAAAGAAAAUUUUAAUUUUUUUUUAAAAAUAUUAAUUAUGCCGCCAGUACAACUCCAAUUACCUAACCUAUCAGCUGGCGAUAGUUUACUUCAGUGUGCCAACAUUCACUUAGCCGAUUACCAAAAGCUAAUGAACAUCAAAGAUUCGUUGGAGAACCAAUUACAAAUAUCCAAUGAACGUCUGCAGACCAGUAACAAUGAAAAUCUCAAAAUCAAAGAAAUUCUAACCACAAAACUUGAUUCGAAUACUAGUAAAGAUUUUUAUAAUAAAAUACAACAGCUGACAGCCAAUGGAAAACUGAAUAAAAAUGAAGAAAAUGAAAUGUUAAAAAUUCAACAAAAAAUUGAAAAUCUCCAAAAAGCCUAUGAAAUAUUUCAAGCUGAAAAUAAUUAUCUGCGACGUUUAAUAGAGAAGCUAUCACUUCGUGCAACCAUUACGGAUUUACCUUCAACAGAUAACGAAACUUCCAACGAUAUUAAAUAUUUACAAAAGGAAAUUAAUUCAUUGCGUAAGGAAUGUAAGCUAUUGCGUGGAAUUGAAGAUGAUUAUCUAAGGAAGAAAUUUGAUGUGGGAGGACAACCAACCACUAUAACUGAUGAGGAUGCUAAGAAUAUUAAAAUGAUCAUCGAAGAACGAAAUGAUUUGCGUAAAAAAUGCAAGUCUCUGCAAACCUUGGAAAGUAAAGUUGUCGAAUUGCAAAAUAAAACCCAGGCCCAGGGAAGUAAUUUGGAGGCCCAAGGCAGUUACAUUAAUCAAAUGGAAACUGAAAUGGAAAAAUGUCAUGCGUAUUAUAAAAAUGAACUGCAACAAAUUGGUUUUAGAGAAAAAUGCCUAAAGGAACAAUUAAAAGAUCUACAGAAUGAAUUAAUCAUGGCCAAAUGUCAAUUACAAAAAAUGGAAUCUCAACAAAUGGAAUUGUGUGGCCUGCGCAAUGAGUUGGCGAAACGGGAUUUGGCUUUACAUGAUUACGAUUGUCAAUAUCAACAAUUAAUGGGUGUUGUUAAAGAAUUUCAGGCUUUGAAAUUGCAAGGCCUUCAAGACAAUCAAACGCAAACAUGUCAAGAUAUGCUUGACGAUUUGGCAUUCUUUACCCAUGCCACCCUGGAAGAAAUCAUGAACGAAUUAAAACGUAGAGGCUGCAGCAAAGAUCAAUAUGAAUCCGCAGUUCAAGCUUCUGGCUUGGCACAUCGCAUGGGUGGCGUAUCUACUAAUGAAGAAAUCUCGCAUUUACAACACGAACUGGAACGCAUAAAAGCUGAACGUGAUAAUAUGUGUAGUGAAGCGCUUCGUCGUUUACAAGAACUUGAAGCGGAAAAUGAAUGUCUCAAGCAGGAUAAUUGUCAAUUGCGAGAAUCCACCAAAGAUGCCGAUGAUAAAUUAAGCAAAAUGUUGAAAAAAGUCGAACAUUUAGAUGGAGAAUUAAAUCAAAACAAAGAUGAAUUGCGAAAAUCUGUUCAUGAGUUGAGCGAAGCUAAACGCCUUGUGGAGGAUAUUAGUAGCGUGCAAUUGCAAAAUCUGCAAUUGGCUAAUGCCGUGGGUGCCAUUAAUUCCAGAGAUGAUGAGAAGAUUAUCGAUGAUUUAAGGCGUCAACUGGAUGAUGAAAUGGCAAAAUUAAAGGCAUGUCAAGCGGAAAAUCAGAAAUUAGGCAAACAGGUCAAUGAAAGAGACAAGGAA